AUGUGCGACGAGGAAGAGUAUUUCGAGAUGAACUUUUGUAAAAUGAAUGCAGUUCCGUUUGGUGUCGCCACGAUCUACAGAGACUCGCUUCCCUGGCAACUCAUUGUCGCCGACUCCCAUCGAGUAUCUAGCUUGGAAUUCGACUCCGACGAGUUGAUCGAAUCCAAGCCCGGCGCGGUGAAAUGCUGGGACUCCAACAUUUUGUUCGAUCUUGACAUGGAAUACCUCUCUGACAACUCAACGACAAUAACUUCGCUAUCAACUGGCACUUUCGAUCUCAAUCGGGAGGGAAAUCUCCAGAAUAUCAUCGUCGGCGUUCUGUUUACGAAACGAAAUCCAAACUCGCAUACGUACAAAACCUCGUUGCCUUUCAAUUUCGCUGAUUUUCAAACAUUCCUUUGGCUGAUCCAAAAGCAUGCAGGCGAGCAUCUAAAUGUUUUUAUAAUGCUGUCGAACCAAGGCUACGGCGUUUUCGAGCAUCGAUCCAAGCAGUUCUACCAACUCGAUACUUUCAAGAUGGACAAAUGGUUUCCCGAACUCCAGUUGAAAAACAAGAGCAAAAAGGUCCGACCUCCAAUUGCGAUGGACAUCUGGUUCGAUCGAGCCCUCGGUUUGCGCUAUACAUGCACCGGGGAUGAAGAUGGUACUCUCAGUCUUUCUGUCGUGAAAGUCGAUAGUGACGGGGCGGAGGCUAAAGAAGAACAUGUCAGAAAGUUUUCUGCUCCCAUCGCGCAAGUAACAUUCGUCGCUCCGGGUCAUUUACUAGUCGCUGCAACUUGGGAAGGCGCGGUGAUGUACUUCGACUACGAUGUCAACGGCCUUAGCAAAGGAAUCAUGGUCGAGGAUUCGAUGAAUCACGACGCCGUCACGUCUAUUUCUCCCAUUGAAAGACUAGUACCAGACGAAGAAUGGAAAGGCCACCAUGAAUGCCUUCGCUACAUCAUUACUUCUCUCGAAGAGACAAUCGGGAGCAAACUCGACCACAUAACCGCCAAUGCGUUGAUGGAUAAAGACAACGAAAGUCUCUACAAUCUCGCUGAAAUUCUCCUUGGCGUUUUAGACAUCUCUGAAGACGAACAAUCGCUGCUCGAAAAACAAGAACACAAUACAGAAAGCUGUGACACGGAAGAAUUGAUGAAGAUCGAGAGUGGCAACACGCUUGGAUUGCAAGAAACGCCGCACGAAUUUGCGCUUGAGGAAUCUGAACUUCCGCUCAGUCCGAUUCCAGAUAUUUCCACAAAUGACGGUCCAAGAUCUCGCUUCCCUGAAGUGGUAAACUCUUCCUUUUCUGGCUCCGAGAUCGUCUCUGUCGACAUUCCUAUCAAGCAAAUCGACUCAUCGCGCAGUCACAAGACGGAUUCUUCAAAACCCUCGCUCAUGCGCAAAAUCGAAUCGCGCAUCAAAGAAACAAAGUCGAAUCAGUGCACACUAAAGCCACAAAUGGUCUCGCAGAACAAUCUCACGGUCAACGAUGUCGAGUGGACAGAAACCUCCAAAGACACAAGGACAUCCGUCUCCAAUCAGAAACUCAGGCAUCAACGAGAUUCAACCGCAAACACGCUUGAGAGAUUCGAAAGCGCCAUCGUUGAAAAAGACGGAGAAAAUGAGGAAGAAGAACGGACCCUUGUUGAGCCAGAAAUUCAAAAUGCCACAACAACGGUGUCACCAAGAGAAGUCGCGCCAUCUUCACCGCUUCCUGCUCAGAGAACUCCGCCUAUGCCCGUUCCAGUUACUCCCGCAAAAUACGUUUCGUUGGAUUCCUCACUUGCUAUUUCCGAUCAUGAAGAACUCGGAGUCGGUCAAGCACCGACUCUGGACAAGAACGACUCUGAUUCUAUCGCGCAAAUUCUAAACUCGUUGAAGAACACGGUCGACAAGUCAAAACAAGCGAGAAACGACUUUGAGCAUCAAAAGAAAAUCUACGAAUUAAGUCGAACCGAUUCGGAAGAAACUGCAAAUCUUUGUCUGAGCACCGACCUGGAAGAUCUCUAUCCGAAUAAAAGAACCAGCAAAAAGCUAAAAGAGCGUCCGGAAAAAACCUUCAAAAGGGAUGUCCUCGAGCGAGAAGAAGCACUUGAGCGACUGAAGCAGCAACUGUACGCUGGAGACUUGGAAGCGCAACUCCUUGAUUUGGAGCUGAAAGAAAAAGAAAAAAUCAAACAGAUGAAGUCCGAAAUAUCCCCAAGAAUCGAAGAGGUCGAUUUGAAUAGUGCUCCUUGUCCAGUACCAUCUGGUAGAUCGGCACCACGGGUUCAAAAACAACGAGCAAAGCAAGUGUCAAAGCCGACAAUUAUUGAUGAGCUUCCAGUCUCACUCGAUCAGGCGACGAUUAAACGACUCUGUGACAAACAAGAGCAGCAAGCGAUUUUGCUGCACAAGGAACAGCAUCAGUACGAUCAGCGGCUUAGAACGAAAAACAACAGAAUCUCAAGUCUCAAACAGCGUCAAGCUCUUCUCAACGAUAUCCAAGCGAAGGAAGAAGCAGCUGACAAGCGAAUUCGCGAAAUCAAGGAGAACAAGGAGCGAGAAAACCAGUUCAAACGCGAGGUCCAAGUCAAGCGCCAAAACAACGCUAGAAUCAAGCGAUACUUCGAGCAGUACAAAACCGGGCUCAAGAAAACGCUCGUUUCUCAUCGCCACAAAGAGGAGAGAAUGCUGAAAGAGAUCUUCAACGAGGGAUUGAGUAUCCAAAAGGAGCGAAUUCGAGAACUGCGAAAAUAUGCGAAAGAAAUGCGCGCAAAAGAGGAUGAAGCACGCCAGAAAGAGCUCGACGCGAUCGAGACACACUACAGCAAUCAAUUCGAACUUCUGGCUGACGAGAUGCGAGAACAGAAGGAGCAAAUCAAAGCCAGCCAAAAAGACAGUAAGCGGCAGCUUGACAAGGUCAAAAAAGCGCUGAGAAGUCAACUUGAAGGCGAAAUUCAAGAACUUCACGAAGCGAUAGUCCGCGAAAACGAAUCAACCUUUUACCGAGACAUCGAGGAAGACCGACUCAAGAAGCAAAUCAGAAUGGCCAACUUCCACCAAAAAGUCAAAAGAGCCUCAAAAUCCUAA